AUGAGAAUGGCUCGUGGAAGAGGUAGAGGUGGGCCAAUGCGGGGAGGCAUGCGUCCCGGACCAAGACCAAUGCCCCAUGGCGUCAAACCUAUGUACCUUCCUCGUCAUCCUUUCGACUUGGCCUUAUGUGAACCAACUUUUCCUCGUGUGAAGCCGAUGGCAGAUGAGACCGCGUUUACAAAUGCAUUGAUGAAACGCAAUCAGGAACUCAACCCAACUCAGAAAGAACACACUGCUGUCUUAAACUUGGUGACGAAACUUCAGGCAGUCCUUGAUAGAAUUGUCAUUACCCCAGGUUCAUUUGAUGCUUGUCAAAUUGAUGAAGUGCGAGAAGUUGGUUCAUACAAAAAGGGCACCAUGAUUACUGGUCAUAAUGUUGCUGACCUUGUGGUCAUAUUGAAGACUUUACCAACAAGAGAGGCAGUCGACAAAUUUGCCCAGAAAGUUCAUGAAGAUGUUAAAACAGCAUGUGGACGUGAAGCUGUCAAUAUGGCUAUUACUGAGAGAGGUUUUGAGCUCUCAAAGGACGGUGCUACAGUGCGUAUACUGGUGACUACAAUUCUUCCAAAUAUUCGUAAACUCAAUCCUGAGUUGCACUUGGAUGCAAAGAUUAUACAAAGCCACCUAGCAGCUGUUCGUCACAGCCGCUGGUUUGAGGAAAACGCUCAUCACUCAAGCAUCAAAGUCCUGAUUCGUUUGUUGAGAGACCUUAGAAAACGAUUUGAAGGACUUGAACCUUUAUCUCCUUGGAUGUUGGACCUAUUGGCUCACAAUGCAAUUUUAAACAAUCCUGGCCGCCAAGCCCUUCCAAUCAACAUUGCUUAUCGGCGAUGCUUACAGCUCUUGGCUGCAGGUCUAUUUCUACCGGGAUCAGCAAGCAUCACUGAUCCCUGUGAAAAUAACAACAUGCGGGUACAUACUGCAAUGACUUUAGAGCAGCAGGAUCAAGUUUGUUUAACAGCUCAAACACUUCUCAGAGUUCUCUCUCAUGGUGGUUACAAACGGAUUUUAGAAGGAAAUUCCCCGGAUAUCACUUCAGACACCUCUGUGUGGGAAGACGUUGUUGUUUCACCACUAGAAAAAGCGUAUGAGAAGCCUCCAGAGAAGAAAGAGGAUGAAGACAUGGAAGAUGCACCGGCUGAAGAAACCAUGGAAACUUGAAAAGACUGUAUGGAUUGUCGUUUGUGUAACCAAACAAGUGUGUUAUUCUUUCAUUUUGUUUUAUUGAAUUUUAUGUUUAUCAACAUAGUUUUUGUUGAACUAAGUACUAAGCUAGUACUUGCCUGCACAAUGUUGCACCAACAUUUUUAUUUUUUCACUUGUGUUCUUGUACUCACAUUAUUCAUUUUUUCAGUGAGAUCCAUAGUUUGAGUAUUAAACCUGUAGUCACAUCCAUCAAUCAUUAUUUCUGUAUUUGUUCUUGUCAGAGUACAAUAUUAUGAAAGUAUGAAACUUCAGCUAUCAGUGGCAAAUUUUGAUCAGUGUUUGUCGUGAGGGAAUAAAACAAAGCACUAUGUACAAAAAGAUUUAUGUGGUUGAUUAUUAAAAAAUUUUGUAUUCUCA